AUGGAAACGGAAAUUGUAAAUUGAGAAAAGAAACAUGUUAACUCCUCAACUAAAGUAAAGAAGUUGAAUAUCAAAACCCAUAGAAUCGAAUUUUGUUUCCUUCUCCAUUUGUCCAUAGUAUCAAACUAUUAAUCUAUUAUGUAUAUUCAUCACCUCAUUGCCUCAUUUGAUUCCUUCACUCUCUUUCGAGCAUUUUCCUACAACAGAAAUAGAACUCUCUAGAAGCUUCUUCCAAACCCUAACGAAUCGGUUUUCUUCUUCAACGAAAGACUCUCGCUCUGAAUCUGCUUCGGAGUUUUGCAAUGGCGUUUUGGUGGUCCUUGCUCGUUCUAGCUUUCGCUUUCGCUGUCUGCAAAUUCCUUCUCAUGCUCAUUCCUCCCAAGGUUCCUUCCAUCGACGUUGACGCUUCCGAUGUGUUGGAAGAGGGUAACCAAUCGCAGGAGAAUAGCUUCAUUUACGUGCCUCCAAGAGGAACGGCGCAGCAAUCAGGCAAGAAAGUUCAGUGCUAUGAGCCUGCUACCAUGAAAUAUUUGGGAUAUGUUCCUGCUUUGACACCAGAUGAGGUCAAGGAGCAAAUUGAAAAAGUACGGAAGGCACAAAAAAUGUGGGCAAAGACCAGCUUCAAGCAAAGGCGCCAGUUUUUGCGUAUACUAUUGAAGUAUAUAAUUAAACAUCAAGCACUAAUUUGCGAGAUAUCGUCACGUGAUACUGGGAAAACAAUGGUAGAUGCCUCUCUAGGAGAAAUAAUGACAACAUGUGAGAAGAUCAAUUGGCUACUGUCAGAGGGUGAACAAUGUCUGAAACCUGAGUAUAGAUCCUCUGGAAGAGCAAUGCUUCAUAAAAGAUCCAGAGUAGAAUUUCACCCCCUUGGAGUUAUUGGAGCCAUUGUGUCGUGGAAUUAUCCCUUCCAUAAUAUUUUUAACCCUAUGCUAGCAGCAGUUUUUUCUGGAAAUGGCAUUGUGAUUAAGAUAUCAGAACAUGCAAGUUGGUCUGGAUGCUUUUACUUCCGGAUCAUCCAAUCAGCCCUUGCUGCAAUAGGAGCUCCAGAGGACCUUGUUGAGGUGAUAACAGGGUUUGCUGAAACAGGAGAAGCACUGGUGUCUUCUGUUGAUAAAGUCAUUUUUGUUGGAUCACCCGGGGUUGGUAAGAUGAUAAUGGAAAAUGCUGCCGAGACACUUAUACCCGUUACACUAGAGCUUGGUGGAAAAGAUGCAUUUAUUGUUUGUGAAGAUGUAGAUGUGGACCAUGUUGCUCAAAUUGCUGUCAGGGCUUUUCUUCAGUCAAGUGGGCAGAACUGUGCUGGAGCUGAACGAUUUUAUGUCCAUAGGAAUAUUUAUCCAUCUUUUGUCAGCAAAAUUACCAAAAUCAUAAAAUCUGUUACAGCGGGUCCACCACUUGCUGGGAAGUAUGAUAUGGGAGCUUUAUGCAUGCAUGAGCAUUCUGAAAAGCUUGAAGGUCUUGUAAAUGACGCUUUAGACAAAGGAGCUGAAAUUGUUGCUCGUGGAAGUUUUGGACAUAUAGGUGAAGAUGCUGUUGAUCAGUAUUUCCCCCCUACUGUAAUUGUAAAUGUGAAUCACUCCAUGAGAUUGAUGCAAGAAGAGGCAUUUGGACCUAUCAUGCCAAUAAUGAAGUUUAGCUCUGAUGAAGAAGUUAUCAAGCUUGCUAAUGACUCAAAAUAUGGGCUCGGCUGUGCUGUUUUCUCAGGCAGUCAAAGUCACGCCAGAGAGAUAGCUUCUCAUAUACAUUGUGGGGUAGCUGCAGUUAAUGAUUUUGCAUCAAAUUACAUGUGUCAGUCACUGCCAUUUGGGGGAGUGAAACACAGUGGAUUUGGACGAUUUGGUGGUGUUGAAGGCCUGAGAGCGUGCUGCCUUGUAAAAUCAGUUGUUGAAGAUAGAUGGUGGCCAUUCAUUAAGACAAAAAUACCUAAGCCUAUUCAGUAUCCUGUGGCAGAAAAUGGAUUUGAAUUUCAGGAGUCACUUGUUGAAGCACUAUAUGGGCUUAGCAUAUGGGAUCGUUUGCAAGCGUUGGUAACAGUUUUGAAAAUGCUUACUGAGCAGAAUAAGAAGGAGAAAUGAUCAAUCAUGUUAGGGCGGUUAAUGGGCCAAAUGAUUUAGUCACCUUCGAAUAAUUAGGGGCUCUUGGUUUGUGUACAACUACUAUUCGUGCUAGCUAUUCUCUAUGCCCUCCUGUCAUUUUUGUUGUGCUUAUUCGAUGUUGAUCUUGGCUGGUUAUCUGAUGAACACCAAUACCUCACGAUAUUGAAAUCAUGGAAUCAAGAAAACUUUAAAUAUCAAAUACUACUUUCUUGAUC